AGGAGCUUAUGACAGAUUGCUUUCGUGGAAGAUGAAUGCUGCUUAUUUCUGUGUGAAUUAAAAUUCUGUUUAUCCCUACUCCAUUUAGGCGGAGAGACUUGCUUUUUCUUUCUUCUUAUUUUUUUUUUAAAGACAGAGUCUCACUUUGUUGCCCUCGGUAGAGUGCGGUAGUGUCACAGUUCAUAGCGACCUCCAACUCUUGGGCUUAGAGGAUUCUCUUGCCUCACCUUCCGGAGUAGCUGGGACUACAGGUGCCCACCACAGUACCCGGCUACGUUUUUAGAGACGAGGGUCCUGCUCUGGCUCAGGCUGGUCUCGAACUCAUGAGCUCUGGCAGUUCACCACCUCCGCUACUCAGAGUGUUGGGAUUACAGGCGGGAGCCACCACUCCCAGCCCAGCCCUUCAUUCCUUCUGUACUCCUUUUCGUCUGAUAAGUCCUGUCUUUUCACUGAUCUGUGUGGGCCAGGGUUCAUUCUUCCAAUCUCUGAGAUAAAAAACCAACUGCAGGGUGGUGCCUGUGGCUCAAGGAGUAGGGUGCCAGCCCCAUAUACCAGGGGUGGCAGGUUCAAACCCGGCCCUGGCCAAAACUGCAAAAACAAAACAAACAAACAAACAAAAAAACCAACUGCAGAAAGAAAUUGCAUCAGCACUCAGGUCUCCCAGUCUCGGAGGCCACCGAGCACUCCUCUGACACAAAUCCUGCACAGGAAGCGUCCCCCAGCCCUCAGGCCUUCCUCCCCACAUCCCUAAAGUAAUGUGAUCCUCAGGAAUGUGUCCCCGCCCCCUUAGUCCCCAGCCAAUUUGCUAAAUGCCAGGAAAAGGAAACCAAGAAACCGAAACCACCAGAGGAAAGGGGAGGGUCACGAGCAGUACCUGGCCUCAGACCACUGCAGCCUCCUCUCGGCGCCAUGAACCAAUCUUCCCAAAAUGUCUUCACUCGAACCCACACAGGGCUCCCCCCGAAUUAUGAGCUGCUCAAGGAAGAGCACGAGGUGGCCGUGCUGGGGACGCCCCCCAACCCUGCUCCCACGGUGAUCCACAUCCAUGGCGGGACCGCUGUGCCCGACCACGUCGUCUGGUCCCUGUUCAACACGCUCUUCAUGAACUGCUUCUGCCUGGGCUUCAUAGCGUUCGCCUAUUCCGUGAAGUCUAGGGACAGGAAGAUGGUGGGCGACCUGGCUGGGGCCAAGACCUACGCCUCCACUGCCAAGUGCCUGAACAUCUGGGCCCUGGUCCUCAGCCUCCUUGGGACUAUUAUGGUCAUCAUCAUCCUGGUGAUCGUCAUCCUGUCAAGUGGAUAGAGUGGAAUCACUGUCAAGUCUGCCAGUGGCUGCUCAGCACCCCAUGCUCUCUGCUCCGUGCCAGCCCUGCCUGGACACUCACCCUUCAUGCAGCAGUUUAUACUCACACGCCUGUCCACAAAGGGCUUCAAUAAAGUGCACACACUCCUGAGGGUGCUGUGACUUCACUGGAGGGCAUUGCUGAGAGGUCAGCCACGUGUCAGCCCCCCCCACCCCCCACUCUGCCCCACCUCUGGGCAACUCUGGGGCCAAGGGAUGUCCUUGGGUUGCUGGUUUCUGGCCUCCUGCUAGAAGUAGGAGGCCUUGGGUAUGAGUCUCUCCCAUCCUGAGGCCUGAGUCCUGACUCAAGGGCACACUGUGUCUAGAACACCUUCAGGCCUAGGAUGACCCUGCCUGACUCUGGGGACAUGUCCAGCCCAGGCCUGGUAUGAAGGAGCAGGGGGUGGACCUUUGUGUCCAGGAAAGUGGCUGAAGGACCCUGGGCCCGUGCAGCCUGCUAGGUGACUGAGCCCCACUCCAUCCUGGUUACUACCCCUGCAGUCUACUGGGUACCCUCCCUGCUCCUCUGGCGUAGAGGCUGCUUGUGGCGGUCAUGGCAUGGCAUUGUGUCCCACUGGGCAACAGAGGAAGAGGAGAGUUGCCCUCAUCACUGUCGUGUACUCUGUGGUCCUGUCAACUACUUGGGAGGAGACCCCUCCACCUGGACCCAGAUCCUCUGUCGGCCUUGGCAUAGUGGUGGGCAUCUGGGGUGUCCAUGUGCUGACCAUGCCCACAUCAGCCAGGCAGCUGGGGGAGCUAAUGUGGACAUGGGUGUCCUCCAUCCUGGACCUGAGGGCUGGAUCAACCCCAUCUCCUGAUUACCUGCUUCAGACCCUAGAGACCCUGGAGCAAUUCUCUAUUUUAUUUUAUUUUUUUGGAGACAGUCUCACUUUUUGCCCUCCGUAUGGUGCAAUGAAGUCACAGUUCACAGCAACCUCAAACUCUUGGGCUUAAGCGAUUCUCUUGCCUCAACCUACCAAGUAGCUGGGACUAUAGGCACCCACCACAGCACCCGGCUGUUUUUUUUUUUUUUGCAAUUUUUGGCCGGGGCUGGGCUUGAACCCAUCACCUCCAGCAUAUGGGGCCAAUGCCCUACUCCUUUGAGCCAAAGGUACUGCCGCGCCGGCUGUUUUUAGAGAUGAGAUCUCAGUCUGGCUCAGGGUCGCCUCGAACCUGUUAGCUCAGGCAAUCCACCCGCCUCAGCUUCCCAGAGUGCUGGGAUUACAGGCAUGAGCUACUGCACCCUACCUAAUUUUCAUGACCAGAAACUCAGCUUUAGGGUAUUCCUAGGGUUCCCUGAGCUGGGAGCAAGUCCAGUAGGUCAGCUGGGAGGGCUAAAGAUUUUAUUUUAGUUCAAUCCACUUCCACAUUGAGCACACCCUGCUUUUUUUUUUUUUUUGUAGAGAGUCUCACUUUAUGGCCCUCGGGAGAGUGCUGUGGCCUCACACAGCUCACAGCAACCUCCAACUCCUGGGCUUAAGCGAUUCUCUUGCCUCAGCCUCCCGAGUAGCUGGGACUACAGGCGCCCGACACAACGCCUGGCUAUUUUUUGGUUGCAGUUUGGCCGGGGCCGGUUUUGAACCCGCCACCCUCGGUAUAUGGGGCCGGUGCCCCACCAACUGAGCCACAGGCGCCGCCCCCACCCUGUCAUUUUAUCACCUGUGUCUCUGAACUUAAGAGGGCAGCUCACUUUCUUUUCAGACUUGCAGUCAUAACUUACUGAGGAAAACUAGAAAUAUUUUAUCCCCAAACAUAUUUCUUUUUUUUGUUGUUUUGCAGUUUUUGGCCGGGGUUGGGCUUGAACCCGCCACCUCCGGCAUAUGGGCCUGGCACCCUACUCCUUUGAGCCACAGGCACUGCCCUCCCCAAACAUAUUUCUUUUACAUAUUUUGACAUGGCCCUGUUAACAUAGGUAGGAAAGUAAGACCUGAGUGGAGGGCUGGGUGUGAGGGCUCUCGCCUGUAAUCCCAGCACUCUGGGAGGCCGAAGUGGGUGGAUUGCCUGAGCUCACAUGUUCAAGACCAGCCUGAGCAAGAGCAAGACCCCCGUCUCUAAAACCAGCUGGGCGUUGUGGCGAGCACCUGUAGUUCCCAGGGAGACUGAGGUAAGAGGAUCACUUGAGCCCAAGAGUUUGAUGUUGCUGAGUUAUGACUCCAUGGCACUCUCCUGGGGGUGAAAAAGUGAGACUCUGUCUCAGAAAAAAAAAAAAAAAAAAACAUGUGGGAAGGAAGUACAGAACAGACAGUAUAAACACAUAGGACACUGAGUAAGAAAACAGUGAAAUAAGGGUGAGUACAAGUGUUAAGAAUGUUAGCUCCAGACAGGCAUAAGCAGAGGAAAUAUGAAAGGCGGUGAUGUAAACCAGCAGAUGCUGGUUUACACACUGUAACACACUGUAACCAUACCAAGGUGAGGUAUAACCAUAGCCGUGUGCAGAAACGGUAGGAACAAAAGGGGCAUUACACAUCACAGCCUGCUCCCCUCACCCCAGGCCCAACCAUAAAAGGCGGAAAACUCCCCCCACACUCCCCACAGCAGGAAGGAAAGGACAUCCCCACUAGUCAAGGAAAGAAGAGAAAACAUGAAGGAGGAGGGGCGAGGUGGGAGGGGAAGGGAGGCACAGAGACCCCAGGGCCACUGCCCACUGGACAGGUGCCUGCUCAUGCCCCCUCUGGAGUGUACUAUCAUUUGGUGAUGUGACACAAAAGCCCUAGGCCACAGUCUGUUGGGGACUGCUCACAUGCCUGCUGUUAACCCCUUUAAGAGGAAACUUCCGCUUUAAUAAACUUUGCUGCUUUAAAACUGUCUCUUGCUUUCAUUCUUCAGUUGUGAGAAGACAGAUGAGACUGAGUUCAACAGCCAGUGACAGUGGCCACAGAAGUCAGGCUGCAAAGCUGUUUAUGGGGAAACGUACAUCUAUAUAGUCUCACUAAUGCAUGCUGGUCUUUCUACCCCACCUAGGAAAAACCACCUGAGAUUGUGACGCCUUUAAAGGUCAGAAACAGGCCAGGCGUGGUGCCUCACACCUGUAAUCCCAGCACUCAGGGAGGCUUAGGUGGGUGGAUCCUUUGAGCU